CCUCCCCUCUCGGUAUUAUCAGCGGCCUCUAUUUUCACGCUCGGCGCGUCGCAGGCGCUCCCGGUUUGGCCGUUAAAUCCGCCGCGAGCGCCAUGUUGAUGCAGACGCGCGGAGCGAUGGCGCAUCGGGUCCGUGGCGGGGCGCAGGCUCGCGGCGGUGGAGACACGCGCAGGGAUUAGAGACGUCGCGCGGCGCAGCUCUGAGGAUCGGGAUGGGUCGGAAAGGCGGUCGUCUGCGCGCGGAACGAUGGCUGUGGCAGAACGUAUAAAGAGCAGCAUCCUUCACCAGACGUCCUGAUUGCAAGGAGGCUCGUCGGUCACUGUUGCCACGGCAGCGCUCGUGGAGGAAGAGAAGGAGCGGCUGUUGCGGUGGCGCCACGCUCUGCUGGAGGGGAUGGAGUACCACAGCACGGGAACCCUGCCGCUCCUGGGCAGCCCGCGUUACUGUCCCGGUGCCAACAGUGCCAGCGGGUACCUCUGCCAGACGGGCCACUGCUGUGGGGAGACCGGCUGCUGCACCUAUUACUAUGAGCUUUGGUGGUUUUGGCUCUUAUGGAGUGUAUUGAUCCUGUUCAGCUGCUGCUGUGCGUAUCGACACCGCCAGGCUAAACAGAGAGUCCAGCAGCAGCAGAGACAGAGAGAGAUCAACCUGAUGGCCUACCACGGAGCCUGCAGCUACCCGUCCUCCAUGCUGGACCUCAGUUUCCUCGCAUCACUCAAACUGCCAUCCUAUGAGGAAGUAGCAGCACAGCCCUGUACCCCACCCCCUCCCUACAGCUCGGUGGCUUACCCGCGAGGCUCCGCUCAUCCCGGACCGAGUCACAUGCUGUCCUCGCAGAGCUCGGAUAACUACACCAGCUGCUCAUGUGACUCCUGCUGCCCUUCUUCACCCUGUAGCUCCUCCCCUUCCUCCGCGCAGCUCACAGACGAGACCGACACUAGCCACACCUCCACUCCGUCUCACAGCGAGUCGGUCCCCAUUAACUCAGUCACUCAUCAUUCCGCAGAGCGACACCCUGAGACUCUAAUGACUCCACCUCUUAACGAACCUGGCUCCACGUCUCCGGCAGAAGCAACGGAGAUGGACCUGCCAGACUCCGCCUCCCUUGACUGUAAUGGCAACAGGACUGUUAAAACGGUCACGAAUCCCACAGUUAACAACAACGUGAUCAGUGAUGCUGAAGAAAGCACUAACUCGAACGAAACUGGUAAAAGUCGUAACUCAAAUGACAUCAAUAACCGCGGUGCCACUGAAAGCGCUAACGUACCUCAGCGUAACAACAUUAAUGACAUAAGCAGCAAGACUCAAAGGUCCAACUUCAGUCCAACCAGAGAUGAUAAAUCCACUGACUUCGAUCUCUUUCAUCCACCCAGCAAUAUGCUUCAAAAUACAUCAUACUCUCCCGUCGCCAUCCACUCAUCCUCUCCUCCAUCCUGUUCUCCUUUGUCUCCCUCAUCUCCUCCGCUCCCUCCUCCCUUAUCCCCGAUCUCCGACCCUCUUGGCGCUACCAUCUCUGAGAAGCAGAGCUCCCCUGGGCAGUGGGUGGAGCCAACGCAGGCGCACCACUCGGCCCCUCGGCCACAAUCUCCGCCCAAACCUGCUGUCUUUUCCCCUGACUUCCUGGAGCCGGAGCGGCGCGAUUCCGCAGUGUGCGACCUUGACGUGGACCAGACCCACUUCCAACAGCGACGUCUGACCGGAGACUCGGGCAUCGAGGUCUGCCGUUGUCGGAUCAGCCACGGAGGGGAGGAGGAAGAGGAGGAGGAGGAGGAAGACGACGAGGGCGAAGACAGGGAUCGUUCCGAGGAUAAGCCUCACAGCGCAAAAAGUGACAACCUCCACGACAGCGCCGACUGCUCCGUCCGUGCCCAGCUGUCCCCUUCUGAGCUGGGAGACACAUGCGGGUCGGGCUCAGCCACACCUGCGCGCAGCGAUGCAGUUGUUAUAGCCAUGGAAACCAUUUGACGGACAGGCGUCGCGUUGAAAUCCGGCGAUGUGCGUCAGCAGCGCUGAGCGAGAGAGAGCCUUCGGCUGCGCGGAGUGGAUUGCCUUUUAGUCCGAGUCUAAUCUAGCCGUGCUGUUGCGUUAGGACUGACGUUGUAGGCUGGUGAAAAGUGAUUUAAUAGCAUAGCAUAGGAAGGUCUCUCUUUCUGUCCCUCUUACACUGUCUCUCUCUCUCUGUUAUAGGAUAAAUGUCCUCAGUUCUCCAGCGCCUCAGAGAGAUCAUUGUUAGAGCCACAGUACAGACUCUGCCCUAACACACGCUCACACACCCACACACUCAAACAAAGAGUAACCUUUGUGUACGACAAUGUCUGGGACGGCGACCUGGUGGUUCAACAAUACCAUGUCCCCCUGUGAACACUUCUGUACUCAGUAGCACACGCAACAACUCGCCCUUUCUCUCGUUUCUCGGCUUGCAGUGUCGUACACAUCGAUAGACCUUGAAGCUGCUUAAAACCGUUCGGGAGUAAAGAUGCAAUAACACACUCAAACUUACCCACACACGCACGCACGCACGCCCACGUCUGUCCUGUGUGCCCCUGGGUAACCUAGUUCACACCAGGUCAGGCAGCCAUUUUGUGCUUGAUGUUAACCGGAGCUUAUCAGCCGAAUGUAGGUUUUUCACUGGUUCACGCAAAGCAACAGUCUCUCUCUUUUUCCACACACACACACACACACAUACAUACACACAUAUCAGAAACACCAGACUGCUUUCUUCUUGCUUUCCCAGAGUUUCAGAACACCAGCUUGGCCGAACAAAUGCUGCACCUCAACCAUGGAAGUAGAAAAAAAAAAAAAAAAAAGACGAACCUCAGGACAUUGUUUUUAUUUUUUGUUUGUUUUUUUUUUUUUUUCGUUUUUAACUCUUGUUAGAGUUUUUUUUCCGACGUCUAAAUGUGGAACACACGGAAACAGCAUUGCUCAUUGGCGACGCAAAAGCAGCCUAAAGACUCUCUGAAACUGCUGUCCGACCGAGACAAAUAUCGAUAUCGGAAAUACACGUACGAAUUAAUAUAUAUGUAGGUGCAGAUUAUAUAUAGACAUAAAUAUAUAUGCUCUCUGUGAAACAAUAUAUUUUCUAAGCAUGCCAUGUCAUUUGGAGUGCAGCGCUAGAAACCAGUGUAAAAAAAAAAAGAAAAUAAUCUGCAGCUGAGAGUGUGUGUGUGUGUGUGUGUGUCGAUUCUAGUGUUCCUAUGGCAUCAGUACCGAGUUACACUUACGUUAAUUACUAUGGCGUUCCCAUGGUGCUGCGGUGGCGUUACCAUGACAACCUUCUUUAGUCUGAGCAAUAGAGUAUGUUUGAUGUCCCUGUGAGAUUGUGAAAGGUGUGAAAAUGUUAUUCUAAACGACUUUACCACUAAACGAGUCAAAUCAAA